GAGAAAAAACUCUUGACUGGGAAAAAUAGUUUUGAAAACGGUCAUCCAACUUGAAAUUCCAAGUCGGAAAAUCUAGCAUAUUUUUUUUUAGAGCUCCAACUUUAUGGCCUGAAGAUAACUGACAUCAUGAUUUUACCUAAUUUUUCCACGACUUCCGAUCAACUUUCACCCGUUGCAAAACACUCCAACACGGGAACCCGGGUCGGAUUAAUCGUAUCCCUUCAUUGAAUGGAAAGAGGUGGUGAAAUACACCAGUUUUUUUUAAGACGGAGUAACCUGGGACCUGAGUUCACUGUUGGGGAAUGGCGGUCAAUGUAUAUUCUACCUCAAUAACCCAGGAGACUAUGAGCAGGCAUGACAUCACUGCCUGGGUUAACGAUCUUCUCGGUCUGAACUACACUAAAGUGGAGCAGCUCUCCUCAGGAGCGGCCUACUGCCAGUUCAUGGAUUUGCUCUUCCCUGGCUGCGUCAGUCUUAAGAAGGUUAAGUUCCAAGCUAAAUUUGAGCAUGAGUACAUUCACAACUUCAAGCUACUGCAGGCCUCCUUCAAGAGAAUGAAUGUGGACAAGAUUAUUCCUGUGGAAAAGCUGGUGAAAGCUAGAUUUCAGGACAACCUUGACUUCAUCCAGUGGUUCAAGAGGUUCUUUGACGCCAACUACGACGGUAAAGAUUACGACCCACUUCAGGCCAGACAGGGUCAGGAUGCCAUCCCCCCACCUGACCCCGGUGAGCAGAUCUUCAACCUGCCAAAGAAGUCUCAACACCACGCAGCCAGCUCCCCCACUGCAGGAGCCACCAGGGCGAGCGCAACAACGCCGAAACAAAACCCUUGCAGCCCCCAUCCGUCCUCCAGACCCUCUUCAGCCAAAAGAAUCCCAGUUGCAACGACAACUCCGGCCAAAGGAGAGCGGGAACUGGAAGCACAGGUCACAUUGCUCAAUGACCAGGUGAACACAUUAAAACUUGCACUGGAGGGGGUGGAGAAGGAGAGGGAUUUUUACUUUGGAAAGCUGCGGGAGGUGGAAGUGCUGGCACAGGAGCAAGGUCAGGAGAGUGCACAGUUCGUGGAGAGGCUAAUGGAGAUCCUGUACUCUGCAGACGAACAGGAAGGUGCAGGAGAGGGGGAGGACGUGGACCCAGGGGUCCAUGAAGAAGAGGUUCCUGAUGAUCAGCAGGAUGAGUACUGACUGCCAUCCCUCAGUGUCUCCACCACCAUGCCCUUUUACUUUUUGAGAACUUUGUUACAGGUAUCAUUUUUUUGUUUCUUUUUAUUACAUUUUUUUCCCUAAUGGUUUGUUUCUUUUUCGUUCUCUUGAAGACUGAGCACAUGAAGCAACCUCGUGAAAAGAAGCACGACCCUCGUUUUUUAUUUUUUAGAUAUCCCUCAGACGUUCUGCAUUCUGUGUGUUUUGUUGACUGUCGGUGAAAUGCUGUGGCCAGGUUGCUGUUAUUACAUACCGCCACAUGCAGAAAAGCUCAGACCAUCACAGAAGUUUCCAAGGCCAUUGAAAAAGGGUGAAGAAAGUAUGUAAUUCAAAAUUCUCUAUUUGAUGAAAUUGUAAUAUGGAGUAGACAGUGUUUUUAUUUGACAGCACGUGUUAAGUAUGUUGCCAGUCUCGGUCGGUCCCAUGAUCCAUCCAUUAUGUACGUUGUUUCAAAGUUAUUGUUUAUUUUAAGACUUGUACAUAUUAAUCAUGAGAACGCAAUAAGCAAAACCCUGAAGGGCCGGUAGUAUCUCCUAUUUAACCUUCCUCCAUAUGUUGCACUGUCAUUUGACUCUGGAGUGGACAAUCUGUCCAUAAAUUCUCACAAUUCACACAAUUACAAAUUGAAUUGCAAAAACAAUAUUUAUUAAAAACUAAGGAGACUUGAUGUUGCCUUUAUGCGAUGGGAGGCAGUUUAGUCCAUGAGAAUUAUUAAUGAAAAGUAGUAGUAAGUUAGUUAGACAAAUUAUGAGUAGCAUGUGACUGUCUUCAGCAAUUCAAAGAAUUUUGAUAAUCGAUGCGUACUCAAAAAUGCCUUAUUUGGUGCUACAGUGACAGAAACAAGGUUGAUUCAUCAGUAUGGCUUCAUCAUAAGGGAAAGGGUUCGUGUAGACUAGUAUGAUCACAGUAAACAUUUUUUUUAAACUUCAAGAGCAACUAGCCACCAUUGUAAUUCAAUGGAAGUCGGGUAUAUUUCAGAUGUUUUCGUAUGACUUUUGAACCACAGGUCUUAGGGAAAGUUGUGAGUCAGUUCACUGAGUAAUUUGACAUACUAUAUUCCAAGUACGUAUAUUGUAUACCCUUUCUUAAUGUUGCAUUUAUUCUUAUUGAACUCAGCAGUGCACCAUAAUACUUUAGUCGUAUGUUGUGUAAAUGAAAAGGAAUGUAAACAUGUACUGUCAAUAAUUAUAAAUAGAUCAUGUUUUUCUUCUGACGUCCCACUCAUUAUGCAUUCCCCAAAAUGUGUUGCAUGUUUGCAUUUUAUUUGUGAAUAACUUGACCUGCUUUUUACAUAUUUAAUAAAAAACAACUAUGUUAAGUGA